CUCAUAUGAUUGGUGAAUUGGCUGCUGCUGUUCUGUUCCGUAUUUACUCUCAGGACGACCCCUCCCAUAGCGACACGCAGCCCGACCUGCAGGUGAGCAGUUCAGCUUCCUCGUCUCCUCCUCACACUCUCGGCGGAGCUUUCUGUUGCGAGGACAGAAACGAUGCGCUUCACUCCAAAAGGAACCAAGUUUCCCCGAGGAUUUUAGGAUUCGCAGACGGGACGCGAUCCUGCGUCGAGUCCGGAGAGCUCGUCUGGAUGAGGGCAGAAUAGAUGGUGAUCUGAACAGACUGCGGUGUGGCCGUAAAAUACAAAAAGCCAUGCAUUAUCACAGGCUUGUAAGCCUCACAUGUGUACACCCAGUGAGACGGUAACCUGAGAUGCCAUCCACAGGGAGAACCAGGAUGCAUCCCAUUGCAGCAGAGCUUUUAGGCCAGACCAGUGUUGGAGGCAGUCGGUGGAACCCUGCCGUGCUCUUCCUUCUGUGUUUUGGCUUCCUUCCCUCUGUGGCCACUUGCCCACCCUACUGUCUUUGUGCAAGUGAUAUCAUUUCCUGCUGCGGCAGCAAUCUGUCCACGCUGCCCUUUGAUCUACCGAGCUAUGCCACACGACUGGACCUGAGCCACAACGCCCUCACCGCCCUGCCGGUAGACUGGAUUUCCCAACCGUUUGAUCGACUUGCUACUCUGGUUCUCAGCAAGAACUCCAUAAGCCGAAUUGAGGUGAACGCCUUCAACGUGACUCCGCAUCUCUUCCACCUGGACCUCUCAUCCAACCAGCUGACAGUGCUGAACUCAUCCAUCUUCACUGGGUUGAGGGAACUGAAAGAGCUGCUGCUGUUUGGCAACCAGAUCGUCCAGAUCAACCCAGGGGCCUUCAGCGACCUUCACGGCUUGCAGAAGCUCUAUCUCUCUACCAACAGACUGACUGCCUUCCCCCUGGGGCUUUACGAGGAACCUGGAGGGCCUCGAAACCUGACCUUUCUUGACCUGUCAAACAACAGGCUCUCCAAGGUGCCCAUCCAAAGCCUGUUGCUUAUUACCCGACAAGGAGGAAUUUAUUUGCAGGAAAACCCUCUGGUUUGUGACUGUGCAUUGCUCGCCUUGUUGGAGUAUUGGAUGUGGAAACAGUAUCGUCCUCUGGUGGAUUUCAGAACUGAAUACCCAUGUAGAGAAGGUGCAGGUACAGGGCUGAAUUGUAAGCAGCAGGGAGUGUCGGACACGCCCCUUGAGGCACAGACCUACCAAGUAGAGCCUGGAAGGUGGUUGAGAGUGCCAUGCCCAGGGUUGAACUUCCCUGUCCAGGAGGGGCUGGUAGUGUUCUGGAUUACCCCCCAGAUCGCACUGAAUUCAUCAGUCAGUAAUCCAAGUGGUCACCUAAUAGUUCUCCCCAAUGGCACCCUUGAAAUCCAAGGAGCACUGAUGGAAGAUUCUGGUACAUAUGGGUGUGUGGUAGCCCGCGGGCACCACUUUGACCCCAGUGAACCUCUGGAGGUGAGUGUGGUGGUUGGAAACUUAAGCACUACCUCCACCAGUGAAUUGGCACGCAGCGGCGGUGAACAUUUCAACACUGCGUUCACCACCCUUGCUUCCUGUGUAGUCAGCAUCAUUCUGGUGAUGCUUUACCUCUACCUCACACCCUGUCGCUGUCGGGACAGCAGGGGAGGCUCAAGAGGAUGCGGCGGAAGAGCCAUUACCCUCUGCUCGGACCCGAGAGAGGUAGAAUCGGGACAGAGGCGGUCAAAUGGAAAGAGGGUGGCUUUUUUAGAGCCUCAGGCUGAGGACUCCAGUAUUGAUGGCCCAAAAACACCAGCAGUGAACCUGGAUCAUGUUAACCCUGAAGGAAUUCUCAAGAAUGGAAGUAGGACAGUGGAACAGACCCUCACAGAUGCUGCUCACAUGGCAUAGCAAGAACAAGUACCUUUUGCACAUUCCUGUAUUUUCACAGUCUGAACCCACGAGUUUUUUUUUUUCACUGUCUUGUUUUAGUACACAAUCAAAAAAAAUCCAUUUGAUGUGAAGUAGUUCACUGUGAUUCUGGUGAAGUAGUAAUGCGCUCUGGGGUUUGGGUUGUUUGGUCGGCAGCAGAAAAUGCAGUCCUUUUUGUGGGCAGAAUUUCAAUUAUGUCCCGGCUGUAAGUGGUGUGUUUUUUAUAUUAAGAGUUCAUAUGGAAAUUUCACUGUUACCGCGGGAAAUUGUCACUGCAAAGAUCACAAAGAUCAUAAAAACGUGGGUGGUUUUUUUUACAACUGGGCUGAGAGGAAUGUUCACACCUGAUGCAUAAACUGUUAGAGGCUUUGGUGGUUAUUAUACAGUAUACAGCAUGUAAUGUGAAUAAUGCCAUCAUGGUGACCCUUGUUAUUUUUAACCAUCUGUCUCGUAUUGUGCAGCAUAUUGUUUUUGAAACACGCUAGUCGUGUGAAAUUAUAUUGACUUGGUGUUUUGCGCAUCAAACCUUCUUGAAAGUCUUCAUAACCCUGUGAAAAUUCCUUUAUGAAAAGCAAACAUUGUGUUUCCAUAAAGUACAAACCUUCUCUGUGCAGUGAGAAAUACAGAUGUGUUUAACUGGACAAAAAUGCAUUUGACAGCUUUUAAAGGGACGGUUCACUCAAAUUACAAAAACAUAUUUCCUUAUUGUGGUAUCAGGUCAUUCAAACAGUUUUAUUUUUCUCAAGUACUGAGAAAUCUGUGAGAUUUCGGCUUCCUUCUUAAUUUUGUUUGUGAUGAUAAUUACAUUUAAAGCUACACUGGACAAUAUUGUGAAAAGCAAUGAGUCAUUGUCAUGUGUAAUGUGAAUUUAGUCAAGCAUAGUGAAGAUCAAACUGAGAUUUAUCACCCAACUCUGCAGUCCCCCGCAGCGUCGCAGAGCAUUUUAAAGUUUGAUGGCUCUUUGUUUUGAUUAUACAACCCGCAGCUUUAAACCUGGGUUAGGCAUUUUUUGGCAUAAUUGGGCAAAACAUUUCAAAUCAACCUCUCAGCAUGACGUAAUUACAGGAAAACAAAUUCCUGCACCUCCUCCUGGGUCUGUUGACAGGAGAUGUUAGCCAGUCACAGGGCUUUUCAGAUGAGGUAGUACAGACAGCAAUAAACUCUGCAGUGAGAGCAGGAUGUGGUGGAGUAAUGGGUAAGACGGAGGCCUCCAUCUAACCCAUCAAACACUGCCUCUCGGUGAAGCCACAGAUGCAUGUUGACUUUCAGCUCAAAGUGCAUGUUUGUGUGGUGGGAGGGGCUUAGAGGAGAGCAGAGAGGUAACAGCUGCAGGAGGAGGGUGGUGCAUAUUCAAAUUAUGACUUUUCUUUAGUUACCCCUUUUGUGACUUUCUGCUUAUGUAAAUAGUUUAUCAGAACUGUUAACACUGUUGUGGGGUUAUUAAAAGGGAAAUCCACUAAUUUUCCACACUAAAAUGUGAUAGUAGGUCUAUGGGAGUAUUACUGCAUCUGUGAAAGAGGUCAAAGCCUUUUUUGCCUCCGGAGGGAGCUAUUGUGAGGACUGACCAGUUGCUUUAGGUGAUGUGACUUGAGUUAGCGUAGGUUGAGUUUAAAGAUAAGUUUGAAAAAGUGACCUGAAAUGGAAAGAAAUGAGUUUACUAGAUAUGUAGUCUUAUUCACUGGAUUGUGACUAUAAGCCUUCCACUGGCCGUGACUAUCUGUGUACUUUUUUUUUUUUUUUUAAACACAGAAUCACACAUUUUAACCACUGCCUGUGUGCAAAUGUUCCAGCAAAACAACUCCCCUGUCACUGUUUUAGAAAGAACACUAUUGCUGCAUCUUGGCUAUGCCCAAUACGAUUGUGAUUGCUUUAAAUAAAUACAAAAAUGCCAGAGCAUUUCCCCCUUCAGCAGAAUGAUAAUAUGGUGCAGCCAGACCAUUCUGCAAGCGAGACAACCAGUACUGUAAAUGUGGCCAAAUCUCCAUUCAAGCUGCUAACGAUUGAGUUGCAUUGUGGGUGAUGUAGGCACCAGGUUUUGUAUCAGUUUAGAUUUUUAAACUGUCCAACGUGAGUGUAACAGUGUCAUAGGAGUGGAGUGUUGAAGCCGCUCAGUGCUCUUUUGAGGGCCACUUCUCAGUGCUGUGAGAGCUCAUUCAAACAUUCCAUUGAUCUUCAUCAUAUUGUGAUGGAAACAAAUAAACACUACGUACCUGAACUGCUUUCAAAAGAGGUAUGAGAAAGUUCUUUAUUUUUUUUUGUAAUUUGUGUGGACUGACCCUUUAACUGAGAAGUUCUGUUGUGAAAAUGACCAAAUUUCAGCAGCUACACUACCAUUCAAAAGUUUGGGGUCACUUAGAAAUGUCCUAAUUUUUGAAAGAAAAGCAUUUUUUUCCAAUGAAGGUAACAUUAAGUGAAUGAUAAAUCCAGUGUAGACAUUGUUAAUGUGGUAAAUGACUAUUCUAGCUGGAAACAGCUGAUUUUUAAUGGAAUAUCUCCAUAGAGGUACAGAGGAACAUUUCCAGCAACCAUUAUUCCUGUGUUCUAAUGCUACACUGUGUUAGCUAAUGGUGUUGAAAGGCUAAUUGAUGAUUAGUAAACCCUUGUGCAGUUAUGUUAACACAUGAAUAAAAGUGUGAGUUUUCAUGGAAAACAUGAAAUUGUCUGGAUGACCCCAAACUUUUGAACGGUAGUUUAUGUACUGUGUAAGUGCUGUUAUUUGAGCACUGGAUCCAAACAGUGGUAUUUUUGUUAACACUGCAGGAAAUUCAAUCUGCACUUUCCCCAAAGGGGCAUCACAGUCCAAGUCCAAGCCCACCACUGGUCUGAACUGACACUUCAACACAUCAGCUGGAUACGUCAACUCGAUUUGUGUUUGUCCUGUUAAGAGUGGACUUUCCUGCUUGCCCUCUACCUUGUUUUAUCGACCCACAGCUUUACAGAUUCACUGAGGAAUUGAUCCUUAUCGGUUCAGACAGGAGGGAAGUUUGGGCUCGGCGAUGAAGCCCAAAGUCAGCCCAGAUCAGUGUCACAGAAAUCAGAAGAGGUUUACCAGCUCGCCCCCGAGCCCACUGUGACCCACAUUCCUCCAUCCUCCUUUUGUGCUUGAUUUUUAUAGGUGUGUGCAAUCGUUUCCAAGGUGCCAAGAGGCUUGUUAAAGUUUUCUCAGCUCUGUAUGUCCAUGCCACCACUGUCUGAAUAUUAUCUUUUUCUGUUCCAUUAGACAGAGAGUAGAGCUGAGAAAGUAGCAACUUGUCAUGACUGUGAUGGUGAUGUGUCAGGACGAAAUAAAAUGUUUCAUUUUUU